UAACGUGUCAAAGUGAAGUGACUGUGCUAUGGCUGGAGCAGGAGCUGCAGGAGGUCAAGGGUCUGGUGUUGGAAAACUUGAGUCACAAAUCUAUUGCAUCAAAUACACGUUGUUCUGCUUCAAUGUGAUUCUUUGGCUCUUCGGUGUAUCCAUCUUCGCUCUCUGUCUUUGGAUAUGCAUUGAGCCUGGAUUCAACGAGUGGAUGAGGAUGUUGGAGCUUCAGAAGUACUUCAUUGGAAUCUACCUCAUUCUCAUCUGUUCUUUGAUAAUCAUGGUCGUUGCUUUCUUGGGUUGUGGUGCUGCUUUGAUGGAAAAUACGUUCUUACUAUUUGUGUACAUAGCAACUCAAGCAGCAGUUUUUGUCUUCGGUCUCGUUGGCUCCUGUGUGGUUCUGGACUUCUCGACUUAUGACUCCAGCAUUCAGCCCCUAAUCAGAGAGGUCAUCCUAAGAAUGAUGAAUAAUCCCCAGCACGAGGGCAGCCGGGAAAUUAUGAGAAUGGUUCAAGAAGGAAUCGGCUGCUGCGGGGCGGAUGGCCCAAUGGACUACAUCAAUCUGAACAAGCCUCUGCCUUCUGAAUGCCGCGACUCGGUUACCGGCAACGCCUACUUCCACGGCUGCGUUGAUGAGAUGACAUGGUACUUGGAAGGCAAGACUGGAUGGCUGGCUGGUAUCGUACUUGCUUCUUGCAUGAUCGCUAUUGUAAACGCUGUUAUGUCGUUGGUGCUAAUCCAAGCUGUAAAAAAAGAAGAUGAAGAAGCUACAAUCUAUAAAAACUAAGUAUGCAAUCACAUAAUUAUGUUUAAAAUAGUAAAAUAAUUAAGAGUUUUUUUUUAUUUAAGUAAAUAUUUCACAUAAUGUAUUCAUGUCAUUUGAUUAUGCAUUUUUAUUCUGCCACCGUUUUAUAUGUUUAAGUA